UCCGAUGGUAAAAAGCGACAUCUAUCUCAUGCAAAGAUAACUCUAACAUGCAUUAUUGCACAACUUCCGUUUCCGAAAAGGAAAGUAGGCAGACGCGACCAAUUUAUUGAGAAAGAAAUGUCAAAGAUAAAUGGAAAGACCCAACUUUCAUCAAAGCGUUUUCUUCCAUAUGCCAGAGGAUUUACGCCAGCUACCAAGAGAAUUCAGCUUUCAGCUAUUGGAAAUGAUAAAAACCUUGCAGAGUUUUCUCCAGGCGGAGACAGUGAUAAUUUUUUCUCACCGAUACCACAACCCACAGACAUUGAUGACUGGCUGGCCCAGUAUUGUGAGGAGGGACAAACCUAUAGGGAAUUCUGUGAGGAGUGUCCAUGGCUUUCCUCAAGGAAGUGGGCAUAUAUGAAACAAACAUUCAAACCAAAGGGGGAAAACAUCCUAGAGAAAUACCCUGAGGGGAAAAUCUAUUUACUUCCCCUUGGGGAGUUUGACAGUGACCAUUGUGUGGAUUUCGAUCAGCUUCGAGAAUUUUCACAGAUGUACCUUGGGAUUGAUGUUGUCUCUCUGCCUGGAGUCAAACUUGAUAUUAAAGACAGAUCCGUGUCCUGGAUUGAGGACAGUCAACCUGGGGUACCCUCCCGAGCUCAAAGAUCCAGUAGCAGAGUUAAAAAGCACACACUGAAUGCCCGAUUUAACACUAAACCAAAACACUACCAGAUAUGUGUGGAUGAGGUUUUAUUAAGGCUGAAACAGAGAAUCCCAGAUGAUGCAUUGUGUAUGAUCGCCUUGACAAUGUCUGAUCUCUAUGGUGAUGACCGUGACCUUUUUGUGGCAGGGAUGGCAGCAGGGAAGCACAGAGUGGCUAUUUUUAGCUUUGCUAGGUAUGAUCCAACCUUGACCUUUGAUAUCGGAGACUGGUAUGGAAUACAACAGAAUUUAAAUGGCAUGGAUACAGAGGAGCGAAAAAAGAUCAUAUUACAAAGAAGUUGCAAGCUCUUAGUGCAUGAAAUUGGGCACCUGUUGGGGAUUGAUCACUGUAUCUUUUAUGACUGCUGUAUGAACGGCUCUGGACACUUACAAGAAGACUUCUGUCAGCCCAUUCAUCUGUGUCCAGUGGACCUCCAUAAACUUCAGACCUUGGUAGGAUUUGAUGUCACAGAGAGAUACAAGAAGUUACUUGAAUUUUACCAAAAACAUGAUAUGCAUAGCGAGGCAGAAUGGGUCAAAGCCAGACUUGAAUACUUAUCUGCCUCCAAGUGACCAAUUGGUUUUAAUUGAUAUAGUUUUUGAAAUUAGU